AUGAAGGCGCAAGGCCAUACAGGUGCUGCCAGAGCCCCCCCUGACCCAUAUCACUGGCGAGAUGACCAAGGAUUCCUCAGUCGUGUGCUUUUGCCCUGCCGGGGGAUGUACCAUGAUGUCAAACGGCGAUUGCCUUACUACUGGAGUGAUUUCAGAGACGGCUUCACCUAUCGUGUAUUUUCCGGCACUGUUCGAAUUUACUUUGUCAACCUGCUCCCAGCCCUUGCAUUCCAGUUGGACAUGCAGUAUAAUACGGGAGGCUUUUUCGGGAUCAACGAGGCACUGCUCUCUUCAGCUCUAGCCGCAAUCGUUUUCAGCCUGCUCUCUUGCCAGCCAUUGACGGUCGUUGGUGUUACUGGUCUUAUUUCUCUGUUCAAUUACACCAUAUACGAUAUUAUUAAGAUCUACGACGUCGACCUCUACCCGUGGUUUAUGGUCUGGGUGGGCAUAUGGGCCGCUAUUUUCCACUGGGCGACCGCCAUCUUUAAUCUUUGCGACUACAUGCGGACCAUCACAGAUUUCUCUUCGCAGACAUUUGGCUUCUACGUCGGUACGAUCUAUGUUAUCAAAGGCUGUGAAGAACUUAGCAUCGGCUUCCACGACGGUCAAAUCAGCAAUGGCUUCGCAUCCGCCCUUGUCUCGAUCCUCUACUUCCUGACCGUUUACUUACUGGAACAAGUGGGCCAGACCUCGUAUACACGGACUUGGUUGCGUACAUUAUUGUCUGACUACGCCUAUCCAAUAGCAACCAUCUGGUGGACAGGAUUCACACAUUUCCCAGGUAACCUGGCCUAUGCCCGAUUCGAAUAUCUCCCGACCAGUCGGGCAUUCUUCCCGACGGUCGAUCGACCUUGGGUGGUGGACUUUUGGUCGAUUCCGACAAAAUGGGUCUUCAUUGCAAUUCCCUUUGGAUUCCUGAUGACUCUUCUCUUCUACUACGACCACAACGUCUCGUCGCUCACGGCACAAGCCCGGCACUUUCCGCUCAAGAAGCCUGCCGGCUUCCAUUGGGAUUUCUUUAUACUCGGCUGGACUUGCCUGGUGGGAGGGUUGUUGAACAUACCACUUCCCAACGGUCUUGUUCCCCAGGCACCGGUGCACACUGACUCCGUCACGUACUACAAGGAUGAAUCAGUGCUCAUCGAAACAAAAGACCCUGAUGAGCCAAACAUCGUACGAAAGAUCACAGCGGCAGAAAGUGUUGCUGAGCAGCGCAUUUCUCAUUUCGUCAUGGGUUUAGCCCUCGUCGCGACGAUGACCGGCCCGCUAUUGACGGUCAUUUCUCUCAUCCCUCGAGCCAUUAUCAGUGGCGUCUUCUUCACCGUCGGGAUGGGCAGUAUCUUGACCAACCCGAUCCUGACGCACAAGAUCGCAUUUCUUCUUCGAGAUCCGAGAUUUCAACAGCCCUCCGAGCCCCUGAGCACUAUCCCCCGGCGCCAGAUAUGGCAUUAUCUGUUCUGGCAAUUCCUUGGAUUUGCGUCGUCGAUCGCCAUCAGCCAGACCAUCGCGGCCGUCGGCUUUCCAGUCUUGAUCACGGCUUUGAUCCCUCUUCGGUGGAAGUUACUUCCACGCUUGUUUACUCGUCGUGAAUUAGAAGUUCUCGAUUCCCUCACGGCGACCGGUGAGGUUGUGUUGGUGUCGUUGGGUGGGAAGCCAGAGAUGCCCGAGGCCCGCCGAGACAGAAAAGCCACGGAGCACGGGCAAGAUCCAGAAACUGGGCUUCAAGCCGGCGAAGCCGGAAUGGUGAAAGAUGAGGAGGCAGAUCUGCGACAGCGAGAAUGGAACAGGCGGAUGAGCCAAGGGAUUGGUGGUGACGGUGGUGGCAUUACUAGACGAAGAUCUAGCAUAGGAAGCCGAGAAUACUCAGCUCCCCCAAGGAAGCGUGAAGAAUCGACGAAAGCGGAUGCUGAUGAAAGGGGAGAAGCCGACAAGCGGGAUUGA